UUGUCCGUACAAAUAUGAAGUCCCGAGGCGGUUUGACUGUUGAUGUUGGUGAAUUCAGUUUAGGGAUGGAGUCUUAUCGCCUUUGACAGCAAAUCAGGUAUGUUCCCAAAAAAAUGCCACGAGUAAAUGAAGAAAGUGUGGAGCUGGGGCCAACUGAAGAGGGCCUUAUUCCACCAGUUUGCAAGCAGCAGUUAUUCUGUGAAGAAUGUCAGGAACUCUUUGAAAAUACAUGUCCAGUGCAUGGCCUGCCACCUUUUAUAAAAGAUACACCAGUCGAACUUGCGUCACCUUGCCGAGCCUUCUACACACUCCCCCCUGGUCUGGCAGCAGGGCCUUCCCAGAUUCAGAAGCAAAAGCUGGGUAUCUGGUGUGUUUCUAAGGCACUUCCCAGAGGUGUUUUCUUUGGACCUCUCGAAGGAAAACUGGAAUGUGAUGAUGUAAAUGGAAUAGCAUCAUUCAUUUCAAAGGAGUUUAGAGAAAAUGGUGACAAAGUAGAAUUACCAGAAUUACAGAGGGUCAACCAAUCAUUCUCAAAUUGGAUGAGAUAUGCAAACAAGGCGAAAACAAAAGAAGAAAGCAAUGCAGUCAUUUUCCAGUUUUAUGGAAAAAUCUACUACAGGGUUUCUAAAACUAUUGAACUGGGUCAAGAACUUCUAUUAUGGCCAGAGGAGAAUCAAGUUAAAGUCAUGUGUGAAGGAAAAGAUUCACAUACGGAUAAGGAGACAGUCAAAGUUCACACUGGUAAAUGUGAUGUCCUGAAUGAAGAGUCCAAGGAUAGUACAUCUGAUGUGCCAACUGAGUCUCCUCUGUCUAUGCCAUUAUGCACCAAGUCACCAAUAGCUGAAAAGCAGCCAGGGACCAAGAACAUAGUGAAAACAGAUCAGCCAGUAAAGAGAUCACAGCGGCUUCAGAUCAAACAUAAAGCACAGAACACCUCAUCAGAGAACAGAGUGAGCUGGGUUGCUUUGAGACGACAAUCAAAAUUAAAUGGGGCCACUAAUGGUGAAAACGUGCAGUCCCCAGCCCCUCUCUCCAAACAGGGUAAUAAUACUAAGAAACAGCAUGACCCUGGAAAUGACAAAUUGAUACAAGAUAUUGAAGAAAUUAAGUCCAAAAGACGAAAGAAAAUUAAUCAGCGUGGACUUGGCGAGAGGACCUUGAGGUCAUCAAUGUGUAGCAAGGCCCUUGGACUCCAUGCAGCUGGGAAAGUUCAAACGGUACAAACUGGACUCCAUUCACAAUUGCUGAACCAGCAGCUACCAAAACAAGGCAAGGGAAAGAAAACAAUGUUGAGAGACAAACAGGAAAUUCUUGAAGCAAAAGAGAAAUGCUGCACUCAAAACACCGAAGCUAAAUCUCCAGGGAGUCAUGGAGCAAAAGAGAAAUCUGAUGGUGCUUUGGUCACACCACACCAAGAGGUAGAGGGGCUCAAGCUUCCUGCUGAAAAUGGAGAACCGCAUCGAGCUGUUGGCAAACGUAAGCCGAAGGCUAAAUCUGGGAGCAGGCGAAAGUUCUGCAGGCGUGACAGUUCCCAGAUCGACCCCAGUGAGAGGAGGUACAGGUGUGACGACUGUGGAAAGGGUUUCAUCCAGUUGUGCCAUCUGAAGAAACAUCGGUUCACUCAUACUGGACACAAACCUUACCUGUGCAAUGAAUGCGGGAAGAGCUACAGCUCGGAGGAGAGUUUCAGAGCCCACCAGAUGCUACACAGAGGCGAGCGGCCAUUCAAAUGUCAACAGUGCGACAAGGCCUACGCAUUGAAGCGGGAUCUCCGAGAACAUGAGCGGGUGCAUUCAGGGGAACGCCCGUUUGUGUGCAAUGAAUGUGGAAAGGCAUUUGCCAGGCCUCCAUCCCUCCGGAUUCACAAGAAGCUCCACCGCCUGAAGGCCAUGAACCUCGGUAACCCAAAAGCCUGCCGCUGCAGUGUGUGCGACAAGGAACUGGCCAACCCAGGCUCACUGAAGAACCACAUGAGGCUACACACAGGUGAAAAACCAUUCACUUGCACAUACUGUGGCAAAGCCUUCAGGCAGAUUGGCAAUCUUCGGGGCCACCAACGCAUCCACACUGGGGAGAAACCGUAUAAAUGUGAAGACUGCGGAGAGUUCUUCUCUCAGUUGCCUGAGUUGCGGAGGCACCGGAUUUCUCACACUGGGGAGGUUUAUCUCUGUACAAUAUGUGGAAAAACAUUGAGAGAUCCACACACUUUCAGAGCACACGAGCGCCUGCAUACAGGUGAGAGACCCUUUAAGUGUAACGAAUGUGGAAAGGCAUAUACCCUUGCUACUAAGCUUCGCAGGCACCAGAGAAUCCACUUGACUGAGAAACCAUUUAAAUGCGAUGUAUGUGGAAAGGGGUACACCAUGACCCAAAGCUUAAAGAGGCACAGGGCGACCCACAAGAAAAGCGAUGCACAGAGUUUAGGAGAAGUUGCAGAAGCUAUUGCCUCUUUGGAAAAAGAAAGCUCCGAAGGCAAAACUACUGCUUUGACUGCAAAGCAGGUUAAAAAGGAUGGUUUAAGCACCGUCAACCAAGAGACUGUUGAUUCGAGUGGAAAUGAAAGUGUUGUUUUAAACCUUUAUGUGCACACCUUUGAAAUGGUGGAAGUCCCAAAUACAGAACACAAGGAGAAUGCAAUGCCAAGUUCUGAAAAACAGAACUCUGGUGAAUCCACUGUUACAUUCCAGCAAGUGAAUAGCACUGAAGGAGUGGAUGGUGAUCCUUCUCAAGAUGUCGUUGCACAGGCUUUGGUAGGAAGUCAGCAACCUUUCAAUGAAGAUAUAAUAGAAAUAAUUAUUCCAGACACUGAGGAUUAUGGAGAACGAGUUACUACCAGAGGUGUUGUUGUAGAGCAGGAGAAAUUGGCCAACAAUGCUGUGGUUAUUGAGGAGGAUAUUGGAUUUAAUACUGUUGCUGAGAUUAUAGAGAUAUCAACUGGCAGUUGAACUUCAAUACCAUUGUCUUUGUUAGUGUAUCUGACUUUGUAUUAAAAUGCAUUUGUGAAUAUGGAAUGUUACAUUUUUAGAUCAAUUUCACAGCGUAUGACUCGUUUGUUUGCCUAAAGCUACCCAUGUCUGGAUAGACAUGACAGUAAAGAUCCUGGAAGUUGUAUCUUUGCACUCAACUCCCAUUAAUCACUUUGCAAGUGAAACUACUCAAAUCAUUUUUUUUAAAAAAAGUAUGUAAAACACUUUUUUUUCUAAUGGAUUUACUUAAAAUCUAUUUUAAAAAUUUAAGCAUUGUGCUUAAUAAUGAGCAUGCAAAAGAACAGAUUCGGAAUGGUGUUAGUAGGGUUUAUCAAAACUAUACCAUUCCACUUCAAUUUCCUUGUGUAGUUAUAAAUGUUAAUAGCCAAGAGUGUCAAAGUAAAAUGUUGCAAAACAAUCACAAGUAGCUAACUUAGCCGAAUGAGGCCAGCUGUCAGGGUGAAUGCAAGAAGGUCAAGUACCAAAGCAAGCAAUAAUUCACACUGAUUCAGACAAAAGGGGGUACUAAUUGAUUGGUAAAUGGAUUCUGAUCCAUAUGGAAUGUCCCAGAAAGAAGUGACCCCAUGCAUUUUGUAAAGGUGCAAGACCCAGACAUGUUUUUGUUUACAGAGGUAAUGCCUUCUAAAUUUAUGAUCUUUUAGAAAUGCAAAUGAGCUGCAUUGCAAACCUAACUGAUAAACCACAUGAAUUGUUAGUGUAAUUUUUCUCAUGCGUGAUUAUUGAGUCAUGUUAGUCAGUUGGGGACUAACAUUUAAUGUAGGACCCGCUUUCUGAGUUUUGUAACUCAGCUUUGUAAAGGCAGUAUCCUGACGGUGGAGAUACUGCUUGUGCAAUGUUAAUUGUUGCUAGGUGCAAGUCAUAAAACCUUCAACAUCAUGUCUCCUUACUUCAGCUAUAAUCAAGUUCUGUACUACCAAGCAAUUAAGGAGCUGAUUGUUAAAUAUAAUAAAUGCUGGAGUUGUUCCCUGGUUAUGACCUAAAAAUAAUUGGUCUGCACUUGUAUCAGAUAUGUCAUAAUUUGUUAACAAUUCAGUGUGAAAAUCAUUAUUGUUUGCAAGGUAUGUGUGGAUUGGUCAUCUGUUUCUUCCAUAACACUGACAAAACCUGGAUGACUGCAACUCCAAAUGUACUCCACAGUGUAGAUUUGUGGAAAUGUGCUGCUGAAAUGACUCCAAAUUGAGUCCAGUAACAACUAUCAGUUAAUUUAAAUUAAUCCUACCACUUGAUUGGAGAAGACUCUGAAUGAUCAUCACAGGCUGAGCGUUCCAAUCCCAACAAGGCAGUUUGCAAAUUUUGAAAUUGGGUCAAAUAUUAUGGAAAUAAAAACAUGGUAUCAAUAAAAGAGACAACAUUGCUAUAAAAAUUCAUUGGUUUGCUCAUCUUCUAGAAAACAAAAACCUACAUUUGGCUGCAGGUCCCUGACAAUGGAUGACUUUCUUAACUGUCCUCUGAAGUGACAGAGUGAAAUGUGGUUUGUACUGGACCAAUGUGGGUUUCCUCCGGGUGCUCUGGCCAUCACUUCAAGGUAACUAAGACCAGUAAAUGCCAGCCGUGCAAGUGACAUUCACAUCCCCAGAAUUAUCUUUGUUAAAGGUUAUCUUGAAGUUAUUUGUUAUUCAUUAGAGAUAUCAAUAUUUUUUGAAAUACUGAGGCACAAUCAUGUCAGAACAUUAAAACAAUGGUGCGGAAACAGGAAUGACUGAAAUUACUUUCCAUGCUGUCUAGAAAUUAAGGUGCAAUAUAUCCUAAUUGA